AAUACUCAUAAAUUUAUAUAUCUAUCAAUACCACCUUCUGUUUUGGUUGGUUGACACAGUAGUUUCGACUUGAUAGCGCCCAUCUUUUCGUGUCUGUAGACACUGAUUUCUGAUAUCUCACUUGGCUUGUUCAUGUUCUUUUGACCAUCUCUUCCUUCUCUCUCUGUUACUGGCUUUUCCUCAUCAAAUAGGGUGUAGGAAUUCAAUUAAAAAGUUGUAGUUGCAGAGAAGGUUGAUGGGUUCCUUUGGAGGUGAAGUUGUGAAGAAGGCAAUGUGGUUGUAUCCAAAGGUUUUGGGCUUCAAUCCUUCAGAAAGAUGGGGGCACUCAGCUUGUUAUUCUAACGGUGUCAUUUAUGUUUUUGGGGGAUGUUGCGGUGGAUUGCAUUUCAGUGAUGUACUUAUGCUUGACCUUGGAACCAUGGUUUGGAACACCCUUGUCACCACAGGCCAACAGCCUGGCACAAGAGACAGCCACAGUGCAGUUCUUGUGGGGCACAGGAUGAUAGUGUUCGGGGGUACAAAUGGUUCUAGGAAGGUUAACGACCUUCAUAUAUUGGAUCUCAGGACAAAAGAGUGGACCAGACCCAAAUGUGAAGGGGUUCCACCUUCCCCCCGUGAAAGUCAUACUACAACGAUCAUCAGUGAUGAUAAACUAGUGAUAUUUGGGGGCAGCGGAGAAGGUGAAGGAAAUUACCUGAAUGACUUGCAUAUUCUAGAUCUCAAUGUCAUGAGUUGGACUUGUCCAGAGGUGAAUGGUGAUCUUCCAUCCCCAAGGGACAGUCAUACUGCGGUUGGAAUUAACAACAAGCUUCUUGUUUAUGGUGGGGACUGUGGUGAUCGGUAUCAUGGUGAUGUUGAUGUUCUCAAUAUGGAUACACUGGCUUGGUCAAAGUUGGUAGUUCAAGGAUCUUCACCAGGAGUUAGGGCAGGUCAUGCAUCUGUAAAUUUCGGGACCAAGGUUUAUGUCAUUGGUGGUGUUGGAGAUAAGCAUUACUAUAACGAUGUUUGGGUCUUUGAUGUUAGUACUUGUUCAUGGAGUCAGCUUGAUGUAGGGGGCCAGAAACCCCAGGGAAGGUUCUCCCAUACUGCAGUGGUUACGAACUCGGACAUUGCCAUCUAUGGAGGGUGUGGAGAGGAUGAGCGUCCUCUCAACGAGUUACUCAUAUUGCAGCUUGGAGGUGAGCAUCCCUAUGGUCGUUACAACAUUUCAUUGUGCAAGAUAUUCGGUAAUCAGUGGAACCAAGAAAAGAAGAGGUUUCCAAGGGGAACUGAGAAUAAGUGGAAAAACAUGAUUGUUGUGGAUAAGGGGGAACUAAACCAGGGUCCUCUGGAAGCAGAAUCUGAACCAAAGAACUCUCUUCUAUCUAGUUUAGACAAUGUGCAUCCAAAGAGGAGGAGAACUGGGGAUUCAAAGGCCAGGGAGAGUGAAUCAGAACAAGAAGAGCAUUCUCUUUCACUCUCCCAGCAGUCAUCACCAUCCCAAUCUGAUCAAGAGCAAAACCCAGUUCAAAAACUCUCAAUCUCUGCUCCUGACUCUGUACUGGCCCCACCUUCCUUUGGAUUAUAUAAGCAGCGAAGUCAAAAUGCAAGCAGUUGCCAGUGUAAUAAUAUUGCAAAUAACCAAGUGGAUCAGAGAAAUUAUGUGAGAAGAAGUCCCCAAGGGAUUCAUUUCAUGGGAGGAGAACAUCCAAGACAACCAAAACCAGAAGCUCCCGGACAGUUUCUUCACUUGGUCCACAGUGGCAGGGAAGGAGUGCAAUGUCAAGCAGCAGAACAGAAGCCCUUGGAGACAAUGCAUACCUUGAUUGGUGCUGAGAUCCGAGGGAAAGUUGAUGGAGCUUUUGAUUCGGGAUACCUAAUGACUGUGAAUGUCAAUGGGAUGAUCCUUAGAGGGGUCUUAUUCACACCUGGACCUGGGAUAGCUUCAAGGGGAUCGAUCCAUCCCCAGAAUCCAUCAUCUCUAACUAGUCCACUCACUGUCUCACAACCAUAUCUGAAUUCAAAUUUCACAGGUCCAGCUUUUGUCCGAAAUCAGCAAAUGACAUUUGCUAAGCCAGAAUCUGGUCAUUACAUCAGACAAACUCAACCAUCUCCAGUAAGGGUUACACCAUCUAUGGGCAAAGCUUCAAAACUUAAUAGUGAUCUUCAAGGGGUGGUUUUAACACUUGGGGGACCUGGAAGUGGUCAUGGUGGAACUUAGCUAGUUAGCUGGAAUCACCCCAGGUUAGUGAAUAUCAAUGUAUGACCAAAAUUUUCAUGUUUUGUAACUCUUGAGUAGUUUGACAAAGAAGAUAGAGUUUCAAAUUCACAGUUUUAGCAUCCAGAGUCUAGCAGGUUAGUUUCAUAUCAGCUGCACUUGAGAUUUCUCUGGAUCUCCAACACCUUCUUGCGCUGCAUGUACGACCAUUGAGAGUUAAGAUCUCUAAUAUCUGUUCUUCAAAGUGAGAAGGUGAGGGUUGUAUAAGCCAAAUCUUUACCACAAAUGCCAGACUCUGGCACAAAUGUAAUGGUGCUAUUGUAUAUGUACUCCCACUGAGGUUGGACUGAUGCAGAUAACCCACUUAAGCAUUUUCUUCAGUAAGUUUACUGUUGAGUUACUUGUGAUCAUUCAAUUAGCACUAUACUUGAUA